AUGGAUACUAGAUUUUACUCAAAUUCCAAAAAGAAAGGGAAUCCCACCAGCAGUCAUUCAAGAUUAGUAUCACCUGAAAAGCAUGGAAACUCGAAGUCAGCACCAGAUCGCGAAAAGCGCGGUGAAGGUGCAAUGCGUGGAAUGCAGAUGCACGAUUUAAAAUUUUUGGUUCAAGAAAUCGAGGAUGAAUGGAAAGAUUUAUGCCGCGACGAUUAUCGUCCGAUAUCUACUGCUCUCGAAUUACUAGAUGAAGAUUCUUUCGGUAGAGAUUACAAAUCUUUUUUACGGGUAUACGAUAGAGUGAGUUCUUCUUUGCAAGCUGUUGCCGAUCAACACAAGGAUGAUUUUGCUCGAAGUGUAUCGGCAUACGGAGAAAUUAUUGACGGCAUACAAAGAUGCCUUGUUCGAAUUAAUACUUUAAAGGGUUCACUGGAAAACUCUCGACAAUAUAUAGGCGUUGCCAACAUCAAAGAUCUACAGCAAGUGAUGACAAGAAGCUCGCAGCAUCAAAAGAUUAUCGAGAUUCUUAAGGAAAUCAACGAGGCAAAUAAGGUUUUUGAGACAGCGCCGAAGCUAUUACAAGCUAAAGACUAUUAUAAUCUCUGUAACUUAGUUCAUCGCGUUCGCGAACGCUUAAUGCAUCCCGCUUUCGAUGGAAUUUUGGUUGUGGAACAAUUCAAAAGCCGCCUAAUUGGAUUAGUAUCUCAUCUGGAAGAUAUUCUUUCGGAUGACCUUAUUUCCAUUGUCUUUCUUAAAAAACCUUUAGCUUAUCCCAUCAUCUCUUCUUGCAGUUCUAGUUCUCUACGAAUUUUUGAUCCUCUUUUUCUACGUAAUUUUUUUGCCGAAUCAGAACCUGGUCUUAAGCGUGAACAACAUGAACAGCUUAAUUAUUUACGAAAGUCUUUAUCGUUAGGGCUUCCACAAUGUGUCGAGAUGAGGUUUGGCCAGAAUAGCUUUCGUGAUCUGCGGAUUAUCUUGGAAUCUCUUAAUUUACUAGGAAAAUUACCGAACGCUAUAUCUGCCUUAAAGUCUCGCACAUCUGCUGAAAUAUUUUCCAUUGUGGAUACCGUAUCUCGCGAGUUCAUUUCAAAGUACGCUUUGAAUACGAAAGAUACUCGUGCCAGUAACUUUCCUGGUUCUUUCGCCGACUUUGGAUUGAAUGCUGAAUCGUGCUCAGAUCAGAAGCUCUUGUCCGACUUUUUCGAAGAGUUAUUUUUACGAUUCAGAUGCAUUGUUAUGCAUCACCGCGGAGUUUAUGGAUACUUGAUGAGUCCAGAAACGCAAAAUGCUAUAAGUGCUUCUCAAUCUCUCAAAUCCAAUGCUGCAUCUCCUAAACAUUCUAUAACGCCAAAAGGGCCCGAAGUUGAAGCGGCAGAUUUUCAGGCUUUUACAUACGAGCCUCUAGUGCAAGCCAUAGUAGGUGAAUUGAGGUUGCUGCUUCGUGAUUACCUAUUGUCCAAAAACGAGACUACAGAGAAAAUCGGAAAUGUUGAGCAAAGCGAUGAACUGUCUAUCUACAAUCUUCCGGGACAAAACCAGGCGGAUAAACUGUUUGACGUUACAAAUGAAGUUGCCGUCGAAAAUGGAAGUACUUUUCAUAAAGACGUUAACAGUUUGGUAACAUCAAUUGCUCCUGGCUUCUUAGCUAAGCGCUCCAAUGCUUCUGUUUCUACAAUUGAACUCUUUUCUGGCUCAAAAGAUAUUUCUCGAUUGGCAGGUCAUCCAAUAUUAGUGGAUCCAUCGAUAUUUCACGCUUCUUCCGUGCUUUCUUCUACAGUGAGCUUUUUAGAAGAUGCAAUCAUCUACCUUGAAGACCCUCACCUAUCUAGAAAAGUUGCCGUCAAUUUUCUUACAGAAUUUUUACAAGGACAUUACGUGCCGCAACUGUUCAAUUUUAUGUCUAGUCAUCUUGAAAAAAUUUUGGCUGACGUUAAUUCUUUUCGUGUAUCUCCGAAUUGGCGAGAUUAUUCAAAGUUUCCCAUAUUUAAAUGCCAUAUAAACGUUGUGGAAUAUAUCCGAGAUUUGCAGGAUUAUCUUCCAACUAUAUCCCUUAAUUUGAAUGAGUUUUAUGAUUUAUUAAAAGAUUUGUUAAGCCGCUUUCAGCUUCGAUGUGCAGAUUAUAUGUCAGACUUAUGCCGAUCAGCGUUAUUAAAGGAAUCUAGAAAGUUUGACGAGGAGCAUGAGGAUAUCGACGACACUCUUCGUUUUCAAAUGUUACAUGAUGAUCUGAUCCAUCCCCAAUUAGUUCGCCUUAUGAAAAAUUGUAAAAGGGAUACAGCCAAUCUUGAUGAAAUAUGCAUGUCUGAAAACAAGCGAUUGUUGCAAUACGAAGGUCAGCUAAUCGCAGACAAGAAAUUACCUGUCUCAGUGCUUAGUCAGGAUUCCGAUCUAAUAGAGUUACUCUCUUACUUCUACAAUUCCAUGGAGUGGAUUCUUCAAAGAUGUUUUUCAAUUUAUCUAGAACGUGACGAUUUAUCUGGUGUUUUGCGACGAUCCCAAGUUGACUUAAACGGUAGCAUUAUACCGUUUACUAAAACCAAUUCACUCAAAAGUGUUUAUGCCGACUUAUUUGACAAGCUUGAACAAACCAAAUUUGAUGCUCUACUCCUAAUAAGAAUGGAGAUACGGUUACGAUAUAUGAACGCUCUUCAGGAAGCAGUGUCUCUUCCUGAUUACGUGGUCGAAUACAGAGGUCGACCUGACGGUUCUAUCGUGCAUUUGAAUGCUACGAUUGUGUCAACAGUCUUAAAACUGAAAAACUGUUUACCUGCAUGGGAACAAAAUUUUGUAAUCCAUGGAAUAAAUGGAUUUUUAGAUUCCUUGCUUUAUGCGAAGUUUUACAAAUUAGAAUCCAUGAAUCGAGGUGCAUGUUUACAAAUGCUCAAGAACAUAUCAACAAUAAUUCAAGUGUUGAAGUCUCUGCAACCAAACGUGCGUGAUGUUUCGUUCCCAAAAGCUUCUAAAGUGUUUGGAAUAUAUCAGAAUGGUGCUAAGAAGAUUAUCGAAAACUUUAUGGCUACUCCUUCCAAUGACUUAAUUCAAGAUGUGAAACAGAUGGUUCGUAUUUAUUACCAAAGAUUAAUAAAGGAUGCCAAUAAAAGUGGAAGGGAAGACCUCCAUCGUCAGUAUUCUAAAAAAGUCGGUAUGAUAAUGACCCAGUUAGAGAAUGCCGUUGUUGCUGAUCAAAAAUAA